CCUGUCAAGUGCCCUGUUGGGUCCACGCGGGGAGGGGCUGGCCAGAGCCCCUGUCCCUUGGUUUCCUGGGGGUUUGUGUCCCCCACCUCCUGGACCGGCUUCUUGCAGCAUUUGCCAUCUCCCAGGGAGGCACGUGCAGAGCCACGAGCCUGGGCCACUUCCCUUCUCGGCCUCCCUCCCCGGCCUCCCUCCCAGCGUCCCGCCCGCCCGGUCAGGGGAGCCGCAGAAGGGCCUGCAGCCACAGUGGCUGGGGUCAGACCCAGGCUCGGGCCGAGGCUACAGCAGCCAGAGAGCUGAAGCGCGGCAGCAUGGCGCGCGGCUGCCUGCAGGGCAUCAAGUACCUCAUGUUCGCCUUCAACCUGCUCUUCUGGCUGGGUGGCUGUGGAGUCCUGGGCGUUGGCAUCUGGCUGGCCGCCACACAGGGGAACUUUGCCACCCUGUCGUCUUCCUUCCCGUCCUUGUCAGCCGCCAACCUGCUCAUCGUCACCGGCACCUUCGUCAUGGCCAUUGGCUUUGUGGGCUGCAUUGGGGCCCUCAAGGAGAACAAGAGCCUGCUGCUCACGUUCUUCGUGCUGUUGCUGCUGGUGCUCCUGCUGGAGACCACCAUUGCUGUGCUUUUCUUUGCCUACACUGACAAGAUUGACAGGUAUGCCCAGCAAGACCUGAAGAAGGGCCUCCAUCUGUACGGCACACCAGGCAACGUGGGCCUCACCAAUGCCUGGAGUAUCAUCCAGACGGAUUUCCGCUGCUGUGGUGUCUCCAACUACACCGACUGGUUUGAAGUGUACAACGCCACGAGGGUGCCCGACUCGUGCUGCCUGGAGUUCAGCGACAGCUGCGGGCUACACGCGCCAGGCACCUGGUGGAAGGCGCCAUGCUACGAGACAGUGAAGGCCUGGCUCCAGGAGAACCUGCUGGCCGUAGGCGUCUUCGGACUGUGCACGGCCCUGGUGCAGAUUUUAGGCCUGACCUUCGCGAUGACCAUGUACUGCCAGGUGGUGAAGGCGGACACCUACUGCGCGUAGCCCACAGCCUCCUUGCUUCUCUGCCAAAGGACACUGCCACCAAGGAGACGGCCGCCUCCAGGCCUGCCUCGCCCGCGGCCCACGCCGGCGCUCUGCCGGACACAGGGCAGACCUGGGCUUGGAGCCCUCGGAACCCUCGUCCUCGGAUCCGGGGUUUGGCUUGAGCGACCCCAGGGGAGGGGGUGGCCGAGUGCUGCCCACAGCAGCGGCCGAGGCUGAAGGGGCGUCGACACCUUGCGUAGAUCCAUGUAUCACCAGAGCUGCGUUCGUGCGGGGGGGCGGGAGCGGCCCACCCUCAGGGCCCCCACGGGCCCCGGUGCUCCAGGUGGGGGCGGGCCCCCCAUCCACAUUCCAUACCAGACCACCGUCCCAGGUGCAUCAUAAUAAAGUGUGCGAGCAGCA